AUGCAAUCAGAUCCAUUUCAAUUUAUUGAUAAGGAGGCAACAUAAGAACUUAAGAAAGACUCUAAGUAUGAGUUAUUUAGAAAAUGGUGUGAUGAAUAAGGAAUGAAUUUGGAAAAAGUAAGCUUCCCUUGCGCUUACGGUCCCACUGGAUUUUUAAUUGGUGUUGGUGCUCGCAAAAAAAUAAAAGCAGGAGAAUGGAUAUUAAGAACACCGUGUAAUUCUAGAAUCGAUAGUGAAACAAUUAGAAAUAGUCCAGGCAUAGGUUAAACAAUCAAUGCUUUAGAUUUCCAUCAAGAUUUUACAUUGUCAUUGUAUUUUAUGCACUAAAAUCUACUUGGGUCACAAUCUUAACUUUAUUAUACCAUUUAAGUAUCUAAUCCAGCUGAUCUACCAUUUCUAUGGAAUGAUAAUGAAAUAGAAUUCAUCUAAGAUAAGCAUGCUAUCCUUCUGAUAAAGCAAAUGAGAACAUAGAUUUUAAAGGAUGCUGAAGAAAUUUAUAAUAAACUCCUGGAAACUGGCUGCGUAGAUAAAUUUUGUUCAGGAGAUCAGACUAAAGAGAAUUUCUUUCAAUAAUAUUUAAUAUCAUGGCAAUACGUUUUGACUAGAUAUGUUUGGUAUGAGUUUUAUCUUAAAUAUCAUACAAUGACUCCCUUUAUUGAGUCAAUGAAUCAUACUCAUGGUAGAUAUUCCUUUCAUUAGCUAGUAGAUUCAGAGGGCAGAAUCUUAACUUAAAAUACUAUUGGUAUUCCUAAUUGUUAUAGCAUUCCUGGUUUUGAAUCAAUUAACGGACAUUACUUUCCUCCUGCACAAGAGGAAUUAGAUAAAAUUAUUAGUGAAAUUGAGAUAGAAACUGUUGAGGAAACUUCAUUUUCAAUAAUCCCACCAGAGGGUACGUUCUUUCAAAUGGUUAGCAUGUAUGAUUUAGAGGAAGGGGAGUAAAUUCCAUACAAUUACGGUCAUGUGACUAACAAAUCUCAUCUAAUUAACUAUGGAUUUAUAAUAAAAAACAAUUAAAGUGACUGUAUCUCCAUUAAAAUAAGGAUUAAGGGUUACGAAAAGAAUAUUAUAUUACAUAGAAAUAAUAAAAAUGAUAAAUUUUUAGGUUCUUGCAAGUAAAUAUUAUAAGAUUGCGGACUGGUAACAUGCUCAAAUAGUUUAGUCUACCAGAUAGCUAUAGAUUUGAUAAAAUAAUAGUAUGUUUUUGACUUUGGAAAAUCUCUCGAUGAAACUGAAGAUUUAACAGAAAAUUUAGAGAACAGCAGAAAAAGAUUAGCCUUCGAGUAUAGAACACAGCAAAGACAAAUUUACACUUAUCAUGUUGCUUAGCUUCAGAAUUUAUUGUAAGGGGAAAAAAGCAAUCAAUUUUAAUGA